ACCUCGUGUGUGACGCGUAGAUCCUUUUCAGAUCUUUCAUUUUUACAUGGAAUGGAGCCUCAGGUAUCAUACAAACAUCACACAAAAAUUAUGAUGAAGACUGAAAACAAUCAGCACUGGAAAAGAGGUAAUAAAAUGUGAGAAACAUCUCAGUACAUCUCUGAGCUAAAUUAGCAUUUAUCCGCUCGGUUCCGUUGAACAUUGCGAAUAAGUUCUUGAAAUGUCGCCACUACGACACGCGUUGGAAGUCAAAGAUUUUCCAAACUGAAACAUCUUGUUUUCUUCGGUCGGCAGUAUUGAGGGAGGAGUAUAAGCUGCGCCAAAUGCUAAUGCAACUACCAAUUAGAAUAGGAGGACUUAGAGCGCCGAAUCAGCCAAAAGCGACUGCGACUGCUAAUCUAUGUUUCAUUCUGGCCAGUAAGCUUCUCAAUCAGGUGGUGAGCUUUCAAAUCUGCGUAGGCGUUCCUAGCUCCCACUCGAUGACGGUAUCGCCCAUGGCGUCAUCGAAUCUUGUUCGUUGCCAAGCACAUGCUAAGGUGAUGGGUUGGAUUUGCUCAACCAGUGUGGGCACCUGUAAUGUGCAAAGCGCUGGAUGGAUCUUCUCCCAUCAGAACUGAAGAGGCGAAUAGCCCGAAGGACAGCAUCGUCGCCCCUGCAAACUCGUUACGUGUUUCGAUGAGUCAACGAAGAAGUAUCGACGACGAGGAGGACUAUAUACGACAACGUGUUUGGAAAAGGAAAAAGGCCCAUAAACAUCCAAGUAUAGCCGCCUCCGCUAUGGAUCUCGGUUACGCUGUGAGGCAGGGGUGGGGGGGGAUAACCGCCAUGGAGCGUGAAUCACGACUACAAGAAUGCAUGAAUGGACGAGAUGCAUUAGAAAAUGUAUUUUUCUUCUUGGAGAUUCAGACACAACGAGAUCUCCACUUGGCUGAUGACGACCCACACUAUGACUUGAAAUUGUUACUCAAUCUCCGAUGCUGUUUUCCGCCCAUGUAGAGAGGUAUGCGUGCCUCUUGGAAAUCGACGUCUAGAAAAAGGAUAAGAAACCUAGUGGCGGGUUGGCAGUUGGUCUUUCGUCCUCGUCCCGUCCGGAGCAGCACGCGCUCACGUUGUUUGGGAUUUGAAAUCUUUCGUCGUCGAUACAUCUCGUCGUUGAUCCACCAGGGAAAGCGCAGCUGUGGCAGACAACUGUUGCCAAUACGUCCAUCAGCCCAUAGUGUCGUUCAUUUUGGGCAGCAACUGGCCGUGUGGACGUGCUACCGUCACUGCCCUCGUACCUUAGCAAGGCGCUGGAUAUUUUCAUUUGAUCCUGCAGUUCGGCAACUAGAUCAACAGUUGAAGCACGGAGGCAAAACCAAACAAUGUCGGGAGAUGUUCGUCACCAUUAUUCGUCUGCGUCGAUGAGCAUCAACAGUAGCCGCCAUCAGCAGCAAUCGUGGAAUCAAAGUCAGCAGCAGCAGCAGCAGCAACAACAUUAUUCAACAGAAUUCGAACACGAAGAAGUGGACGACGAAGGAGAGGAGGAAGAUGAUCAUCAUCGAACACAACUCCACCAGCCAUUGUAUCCGGCUUCUGAAUGGGAUCAAAAGUUAGAUCGGAUGCUGGAUGAACUCCAACUGAGCAUAUCGCCUCAACGGAAAGCGGGAACGACGCGGAUAGAAGCAGCCGGCGGGAAAGAUGCGUCGUCGUCGUUGUCGUCCUCCUACAUUCUUACUUCCGGCUCCCAUCAACAAUCGUCGAGGCAAACUGUCAGUUCUAGUAGCACAAGCCAAGAACAUCGUCGAACAGCAUCUGGCUGCCGUAUGUUUGAUAGUUCUUCUGUCGCAUCCAAUCCUUCGGUGGAUAUGGGUCCAGUCUCAUCCGUCAGAGAUGCCAGAUCACAAUCACCCGAACAACGCAUUGCCCUAAAAUCGACUGGGGGAUCUUACAACGAAGGAGCAUUCAGCAAUGGUUUGUCGAGAGGUGGCAGCAUGAGCAGCGUUCGCUCUCAAAGUUCCCAGCAACGGCAAUACUCCGAGUAUCAUUUGGCCAAUAGAAGACACGAUGACAGUUCUUUCGCCGCUGGAAUGCCCUCGGCCACAUCAGCCGAUGACGAGCCAUUCGGUGAUGAUUUCCAGGCAAUUCCUUCAUCUGUUUCAGAGAGAGCCAGGGCGUGGAGUAGUCGAGGAGUGGCGUACAAUUUCGCCUCGGAAACUACCACCAAUAACAAUCAAAUCGGUCCGGCAACCGAAGUGGAAACGACCGUCAAAAAGACUCAGGUUGCUCGAUCAUCUUCUACUGGACAACAACCGCUGGGAUAUGGACCAGAUGAAAUCGAUUCUGCUCUCAGUGAUCUUAUGCGAGUCAGUCAAAUGGCCACAAGAUCGGCUCAGCCCGAAAGGGACAACGAACAAACCAGUCGGACGGCCCAAUCUCAUCAUCAUCAUCAUCAACAGUUGUCUACCCAGCAGGUUCAUUCAUCAAACCCAGUCGUCAUGCAGUCGGGAACGACUGAAAGUAGCACGUUUAGCAGCAGCAGUAGCAGCAGCAGCAGCAGUAGACAGCAAUUUUAUAGUUACAGCAGCAACGCGAAAGCAUCCGAAUCUAAUGAAACGCCAGUUCAUUACGCCACGCCAGAUAAUCGACUAAAAUCAGUGUCGUCGAUCAGUUCGUCAAGUUUGUCUUCGACUGUUCACCAUGCUCACGUUAUUGAUUAUUCUCGAAUUAGCCAAAAACAAAUCAGAGCUGCUGGAAUUCAAUCAAUGUCGCACCACCAACUCAAUAGUCCGAUAUGCAAUUUUCCGGAUCACGAAGAUUUUCCGUUGUAUAAUCUUCGGAUUAUUCCAGAAUCAUCGGGGCUAUUGUGCAAUGUGGCCAAGCAUCCCCAACCGAUGUGCAAUGUAGAGAAACAUCCCAAUUUCCCGUUGUAUGCGGGUUCGCCUCCGUGCCCACCGGGAUCGCAGGAUACGCAUCCGAUCUGCAACAUCAAAAUUCAUCCUGCCUUGCAGUGCAACUUUCCCCGUCACCCAGAUUACCCUGGUUUUACGACAGGCUGUUCUCUAGCGGACAAAGAAACCAUUUGCAAUGUUCCGUCGCAUCCUAUCUGCAACUCGGAUAAAGAACGCCAUCCGCACGACCGAAACCCGCAACCAUCCAAGUGCAAUAUUCCAGGCCAUCCAGAGUAUCCGGAUUACAUGUCACUCACUGAGCCGCAGACGGAACCGUUUUGCGAUGUCCCUGGCCAUCCUUUUGGAUUGUGCAAUAUCCAAACACAUCCGCAGUAUCCAGACAUGAUGGGCCCUGAAGACCGAGAAGCCGCUCCUUACUGUUUCAUUCCUUCCCAUCCGGAGCUAUUAUGCAAUAUUGCUCAUCAUCCAGACUAUCCAGGCUACAUGACCGAAGCUGAAAUGCCUUCGGAACCUAUCUGCAAUGUUCCCAGGCAUCCCUUCAUCACGCAGGGUGUUGUUAAAAGAAAUCCACCGAUCCCUAAUCAACAGGAUCCUUUUUCCAGUCCUUAUGCCGUACCGACUACACUUAAACCAAAAAUGUAUCAACGAGGCAUAGGCGGUUCUCCUUUGCCGACCAUUAGACGCCCUGAAAUAGAUCCUGGGCUGCAGUCGCCACCCAAGAAACUGGAUGAUUUAAUGGAUACCUUUAACGGGGGUCCGUACCAGCCAUACACGUCAACUCCGCGCAUUGGACCUGAUCCUACGCCUUUUACGGCUCCAUCGGUGGAGUCCAAUGGAACAACGCCGAUACCCAAACAACCCUUGUUUGCCGAGACGCCCAAAAAGCCAGCCAUUAACGGCGCUAGCGCUCCACCUGUUUAUUAUCCACCCGAAACGAACGAAAUGUUUGCUAAAACGAGCCCUGAAGCGCCGCUCUUAAUGCAACAGUCGCAAUCGCAUUCGAUGUCAAUGGGAGGAGGAUCCAAAGGAAAAAUGAAAUAUUCUGCCAAGUAUUCUGCUGGAGGAUCAGAGUCGGAUACUAAAUUUAAAGCUGGAGCUGGAGGUGCUGCUGUUAUUCCCAUCUGCCUGCCUGUCUGCUGCGCCAUGCCGUGUGUCAUCAUGUGAAAAACUCAGCAUUCAAUGGAACCCAUAUAAUUAGACUAUUCCAAAAGUUUGAAGCUCAAAAAAUGAGAAGAAAGGUAUUUGAUAACAAGGAUUUUUGAAAUGUUUCUGAUUUUGCAACAUACUCUCUACCAACGACAUUUUCUUUCAUUAUUGCCAUUUCAUAAGCGGCUGAAAGAUUGGCUGAAUUUUCUUAAGUUUGUUAGUGAAAUCUGACGUAAUAUGCAAAUAUGAUGUUGUAAGGCGGUGAACGAUUGAUUAUGUUAACAUUAUUUUAAUCUUACAGGUGAACAAGUCUGUUGAGGUGUUAAGCAUAGAAGUUUUUUAUUGAAACUGAAAUGUUACGGUUUGCAUGUGACAAAUGAAUAAAAUAGCACCAUAUUCCUAA